AUGACAUUUUCAGUUGCUAUCGGAAGAGAGUUCGAACAAAAAUAUGUAGAUAUCUUAAAGGUUAAAAUGUGCAGGUGGAAAGGACAGGUGAACGAUUCUUCCCAGUUUCCGAAAUCCCAAAUUCGUGGGCGAGGAGAUAAGGGGAUUGACAUGCGCGGGCGCAUUCAUGGCGAGAAGUUUGCGGGGCAAUGUAAAGCCUGGAGGAAAAACAAAAUAGGGCCUGCAGUAAUAAGAGAUAUGAUUGGAGCGUUGGCGAAUGAGCCAUGGUUUACCAUCGGCGUGGUGGUGGGGUUAUCGAAAGAUACAUUUACCAGUGGCGCGGUUAAAGCGGCCGAGAAAGCAGGCAUCAUUAUAACCGAUAGUGAUCAUCUUUAUGAUGACCUAUCGGUAGUCGCUGGGCCUGCAGUAAUCAGAGAAAUGAUUGGAGCGUUGGCGAAUGAGCCAUGGUUUACCAUCGGCAUGGUGGUGGGGUUAUCGAAGGAUACAUUUACCAGUGGAUUAUAA